CGUGUUAAGAACCGCGAGCGCCCGCGAUCGCUCGCGAGCGCUCGUUCCUGAACGCCUGUGACCGUGCGAGCGCCCGCGCGCGCACGCGAGCCAUCCCCACAGCUUCCUCGCCAAGCGAACCAAGAUGGCGACCAACACGGAGACGGUAGAAGAGGUGGUGCUGCAAAACCCCGCAGGCACAAAACGUUACACUCUGUUCGUUCCCACGUCACUGAGGAUCUAUACCGACACUGGCACUUCAGCUGCCAUCUACAAUUACCUCCAGAGAAUCUAUCCAGUGGAUGAGACAGGAUGCAAAAAAUUGUUACUGACGCAGUCACUGCAAGUCUUAGCAGACCUCGGGCUGCUACAGACAUGGUCAGCCAUGGCCAAGGGCAGUGGAGUUGCCUUAGGCAAACAUGCCACCUUUGAUCAACUGUCUCAGGCUGCCUAUAGCCGAGAUGUUGAUGACGAUGUUCUCGGUACACUGGGUGCAGUUGCGCCCAAUCACCUAACUGCGCAGGAGAAAGUCAGAUUCAUGGAGAUUGGUGUGGCUGCACUUCCCAAGGGUGAGUUAGUUGUAUUGCGAUAUCCACUUAAGUAACACUAGUGAAUGAUCUUAGGAGUGUUAUAGAGAAAAGGCAAGCGGAAACGUAAAUCAUUUCUGAAUGGUUCCAUCGGUGAAUACUGCUAU